AUGCUUUUUAAGCCUCGUGGCGUGACGAGCAAUGACCCGAAAUACGCUGGCAACUCUCGUAUCAUGACGAUACCCGAUCUUCUUGCUUACAGAGACACCUGGAAGGAGCGCUUGUCGGAUGAUUUCUCCCUGGGGCGCAUCCUGUUGGCUGCGCGAGCUGCCAAAAGCAAGCCGGCGGAGCCGGAGAAGCUUGUGAUGACCAGCAAUGGAUUCAAGGUCAAGCAGCGGGAUGCGAUUGACCAGUCGGAGCGCGGUGUUCGCUUGGUGCAGUCCACGCUUAACAAACUCACGGAGUCCAAUUUUGAUGUGAUUGCCAAGUCCAUCCUGGUCCCUGAGAUCAUUCUUAAUACGAAAGUGGUGGCCGAAGUGGUGCGGCUUAUCUACGACAAGGCACUCGUUGAGCCGGUCUUUGCGGGCUUGUAUGCACGGCUGUGCAACAUGAUUGUGCGCUACGAGUACGACUACCGCAGCACACAGAGUGGCGAGGUGGACGCACAAAAGAGCGAGGUUCGUGUGGCGAUUGUGGAGAAGUGCCAGCAAAUGUUUGACGGGGCCACCAAGGCGGUGCGGGAGACCGCGUCGGAGGAUGAGGCCGAGAAGGUGCGUAAGCGCAACGUUAAUAAUAUCAAAUUUGCAGGUGAACUCUUCCUGAAGUCGCUUAUUACGCAAAAGAUUAUCACGCGUAUCUUGCAUGAGAAGGUUUACAAAGAGGCACCCACCGACAUGGAUCUCGAGGUUGUUGUCAACUUGCUGGAGGUUGUAGGGAAGAUGUAUGAAGAGAAGGACCCCGCGGCCCAGCCCGACCUGUGGAAGUUGCUGGGAAAACUACAAGAGGAGCGAAAAUUCUCAAAUCGUAUCCGUUUUCUGCUACAGAACCUCAUUGAGCGACGCAACGGUGGAUGGAAGCCGCGGGAGCCGGAGCAGGUCAUAGUGGAGGACCAACAACAACAACAACAACAGCAUCAGCAGCAGCAGCAGCAGCAGCGGUACCACUCCCAUCAGCAUCAACAGCAGCACUACUAUAAUACUAAUACUAAUAAUAAUAAUAUUCACCAGUACCAGCAGCAGCAACAUCGUAGCGGCGAGCAGCUCCCGCCGCCAAUGGGAAAGCGCGCGACAAGCUACCAAGAUGUCUCUAGCCCAUACGGUGUUGGGACACGACGUGCGACGAGUCACACGGAUCUGUCUGGGCUUGGCGGCUACGCCAUGCCACCGCCACCACCUCCACCCCAGCUGCCACCACAACUGCAAUCUGCCCCUGGAGCGGAGCAGCUGUCGGUGGAUGAGAAGAAAUUACUUGUGCUUGCGCGGCCACCGGAGACACUCACAGAUGAGGUGAGCCGGAGCAUUCUCCGUAUUGCUCGCGAUGCGGUGGAGGAUGGAUUGCCCAACCGAGACUGGAUAACGAAUGAGCUCUCACAUGUGUUGGGUCCCAACGAGGCCGUUAGCCAGUGCUUGGCGGCAAGUGUCUACGUGAUCCUCCUUCGGGCGCUAAUGGAUACCAAAGAGGUUGAGCGGACCCUUUUCCUGACCGCCCUCGAAAAAGGUAAGUGGGGACGCAGCGUUCUAAGCCGUGGAUUUGCAUUGUGCUUCACCAAAAUUAUUGCAGAUCGAGACGUGGCCGAUUGCCCACGUAUUUUUUCCCGCUUUGUAGAUGCCGUUGGGCGCAUCACGGAGCUGAAUUUUUUGGCAGUGACAAAAGAUAUCAUGGCACGCACAGCGAAGAACCUUGACGUGAUGCAGGCCUUCUGUGAUGAGACAGAGGACUGGGAGGAGGAAUUCAUCAACGUUUGGGACUGCCUUCUCUUGGCACGGCCAACGUCGACGAAGGUGGCAGUAGCCGACAGCAUGGAGGCGUUGAGUUCCGUGCGGUUAGGGUCCUUUUUGCGCGGCAUCAUCCCCGACUUUGUGGCCUCGAUGGUGCAGGCGGGCUUCUUCACGGAGGAAGACUUGAGGCAAUGGCGGCAGGAGAACGAGUCGAGCACAAAGUACCGCGCCCUCACAGAGGAGCUCGCUCAGCUUUACCCCUGA